UCGUAUAACACGUCCUGUAACUUCCGAGUCUACAAUGUCUACUAAUGUCAAAUCUUCUCGAAAUCCAUUUCGCAAUCGAGCAAUAACUGAUGAUACUCAGACGCAGUCAUCAUCAACAAACGAAGUCUCUUCUUCCUCUGUGUCCACCCGUCCUGUAACACCUCCUGCCUCAGUAUCUGCGCCAUCCGUACAUAAUGACCAUCCGGUUAACCACCAGCGCUCAUCACCACCAUCGACACCUUCCACUUCCUCCUCGACGGAUAUUCUGAACGAGGAGCUUCCUCCAGCUUACACUUUUACGCCAGAUUCCACUCAUGGGGAGCAAACUGUUGAAUACGGUCCUAGGAGACCUUUUCAAAAUGCUCCGCCUCCAAUAAGUCCUUCUCAUCCACAGCAUCCCCUCACUGCCAAUUCGACUGGAUGGUCUACUAUUCAGAAUAAUGUUAUACCACCACCACCUUCUCAACCUCAGUCUUUGUGGCAGCAGAUUACGGGGCAUCUUGCGGACCAACUAACGGGCCUUUCAACUGGCUCGCAAUACGAUAAUCGCCACGGACCAUAUUCCAUCCCACACCACAGUGGAUACAGCCACCCAUCUCCGUCUCCAUCACAAUCCCCCUGGACAUCACAACAAGCUUCUAGUUCCGUUGAACCACCUCCUUUACCUCCUCGCCGUAAUGCUUCACAAAUGUCCCCGACCUCAGAAUUCGCUCAGGAAUUCUACGCUGCCGGUACAGGUUCUCCUUCGGACAAUGUUACUGAGGCUAUCCGAUAUCAACCUCCUCUGGGUCCUCCGCCAUCAGGAUCCCCGCGAACUCCUGAUGAUGAUGGUAGGCCAACAAAGACACCCGUGCCAGGACAUCCACUCUUGAAUCACGGCAGGUUGCUUGUAUAUCCACCAGGUUUCCAAUGUGAAAAAUGUCGUAACGUCGGAUACAAACAAAACGACCCAUCAAAUCCUUGUCGGAAAUGUUGGUCAAAGUAUGCCAAACCUUUUUCGGGUGCUAUUACAUAUAGUUCGUUCAAGUCGUCAUCUGCGGGCACAGGGAAAACAUUUCAGCGACCUUUGCCCUUACUACGACCACCUCAGGCAGGAUUUUCCCGCUCCCAACACAAUUCUGGAUAUCCGGGCUCUGCAUACGUCCAGAACCUCAGCCCGGGGCAAGACUUUUUACAACCCCCUCCUUCUGGUCCUUAUUUACCACAUUCGCAUCCUCCAUACCCUCCACACGUACCCCCGCCAAAUAUUCGAACAAUGCCUAGUAACUAUGCUCCGUAUGGCCCGCCUCAACCUCCUCCGGGAUCCGUCGUAUACGCUCCCGGUGACCCUCGAUUAGGUGGCACACUGUGUUGGAGGUGUGACGGAGAUGGCUCAAUUGGAGGGUUUCUAUUCCAGGAGCAAUGUCACGUUUGUGGAGGGUUAGGGCGAACGUAUAGACGUUGAAUCAGUUUCUUUUGGACUGCUUUUCCCUGGACGGUUGUUGUACGUUCCCAACGUUGUAUUCUUACUCUGAUGUAUCACAUUGCCUAACGAAUGCUGUCUAAUGUUAUCCACGUUGUCUUCACUAAA